UUCCCUCUGUCAGCAACCACUGAGAGAAAGUGAAAGCAGUGUGCAGAGUGAAACCAUAGUAGUAUUUAAUUUUCACCAACCUCCAAGCAAACCGACCACCACCACCCAUUUCCUCCAAAUCCCACUGGUUCUUCUCUCAAACCCUAGAAGUAGUAAAAAAGCUGAAUCAGCAGAUGGAUUUAUAAUCCACAAACUCUAGAGAAAUCCACAGCAACAGACGAAGUACAAGAGUAUUCAGCUCAAACCCAGAUCGAACAUGGCCACACUUUCUCCUUUAAGGUACAUCUUAGCCCUUUCUGUACUCGUUCUCUUGUUCAAAACCAUAUCUGGGUUCUCAAAUUCAACCUUUUCUUUCAAGAAUUUCGGUAAUGGUUCGAACUAUGAGUCCAAACUAGCUCUGUAUGGUGAUGCAAAGGUUGUUAAUGGCGGUUCAUCCGUUCAAAUUACUGGGUUUUCGAGUUUAAGUGCUGGGAGAAUCUUUUACAAGAAACCCAUUAGGCUUGUUGGUGGAAAUCCCAUGAAAUUCGUGUCGGUUUCGACUCGGUUUACGUUUUCGAUUUCCCCUGGAAAUGGGGAUGGCUUAGCUUUUGUUGUGGUUCCAGUUGGGUUUCCUUUGGGUGUUUUUGAUGGUGGUUCAUUUGGGCUCUUAAGUGGGAACAAAAAUAGGACUUUUAGUGUUGAAUUUGAGACAUUGAUGGAUGUCAAGAAUGGGGACUUGAAUAGAACUCAUGUUGGGGUUGAUGACAGUGGUCUUCUGUCAGUUAAAGUGGGGAAUGUUUCUUCUCCCGAUUUGGUGCUGAAUAGUGGAAAGAAAUUGCAAGCUUGGGUUGAUUAUGAGGCGGGUUCGAAGCGGCUAGAGGUUAGGUUGAGUGAAUUAGGCGAAAUGAGACCGGUUGAUCCGUUGCUUUCAUACCCAAUUGACUUGUCACAAAUGUGGAAAGAACGAGAGGUGUUUAUCGGGCUAAGCUCAUCAAAUGGGAAUUCUACGCAGAGUUGUAACCUGUAUUCAUGGAGCUUUAAGCUAAGGCAUGUUCCACAAUGGAUGCAUUCGGAGCCGUUGGAUCCUAAGGGGUUGUAUAACAAAACUGAAUAUUUGUCGGUUCCUAAGAAGAGUGAUUGUUUUUGGAGAAUAAUUGCUGCACUGAUAUUUGGUACUGGGUGUGGAGCCUUGGGGGCAUUCUUUGCGCUAUUUCUUUGGACCAUAUUUGGGAAAAGGCCGCCUGUGGUGCCGGAAGAAUAUCCUCCACCGUCUCUGGGAUUUGUUGAGUAUGAGAAGUUCAAAGUAGUAUUAGAUAAAGCCGUCGAAGAUGGUGGUAACAAGUUGGGUGUUUGAUUGGAGUUCUAGUUUGAUGUUUUGUUGCUGUAAAUUCAUGUUCUGUUUUUGGACUUGUAUGCUGUGGAGUUCUGUGUGUUGUUGCUGUAAUUUGAUGAUCAAUCAUCUAAAGUAGUUCUGUUAAAUACUGUUUCUAAAUGUUAUGAUCAUUGAAAUACAGCAUCAAUUUGGGUGAAUGGAAUAUCAAGUGGCCAGAUUCUGAUGA